CGCCCCGGCACCGAUUGUUGACAAAAGACGCUGCGAGACGGAGCGAAGGAGCCCGUUCCCCGGUACCGGUGUGGCCGAGGUGAAUCGGUUGUCGGUGGUGGUCGGACCGCAGCAGGCCGGUGUGAAGUGGACGCCCCCUCCUCCUCCUCCUCCGCCUCCUCUUCCUCUCCCUCUCCUCUUGCCUUCCUAAAAAAGAAAAACACCCGUUAUUGGUAUUUACCGACAAAACCAAAAGAUGGGUCACCCAGUGUGAGUGGACGCGCCGGACCAGCGUUUCAGGAGGAGGCGGCGGCCUUGGGCAGGUCUAUUCAGCCGGGAAUGGUGUGAGCUGAGACAGUUAGGCAGUCUGGAUCUGACCGGGGACCCGUCAUUCCCCCGGAGCCUCCGCGGCUCCAAGCCGCGUCCUGAGCCCUCCAAGAUGGGGAAGUGCGAUGGAAGAUGCACGCUGCUGGUGAUAUGUUCACUGCAGUUGGUGGCAGCCCUGCAAAGGCAGGUGUUUGAUUUUCUGGGCUACCAGUGGGCUCCCAUCCUGGCCAACUUCCUGCACAUCAUGGCCGUCAUCCUGGGCAUGUUCGGCACCGUGCAGUUCCGUUUCAGAUACCUCAUCUUUUAUGCAGUAUGGCUGGUCCUCUGGGUGGGCUGGAACUCCUUCAUCAUCUGUUUCUACCUGGAAGUUGGAAACCUGUCUCAGGACAAGGACUUGCUCAUGACGUUCAACACGUCACUUCAUCGCUCAUGGUGGAUGGAGCAUGGUCCUGGUUGCCUGGUAACGCCAGUGCUGGACUCUCACAUGGCCCCUGAUGACCACCAUGUCAUCACUGUCUCUGGGUGUCUCCUUGACUACCAGUACAUCGAGGUGUUGAGCUCAGCCAUUCAGGUCCUAUUGGCUCUCUUUGGCUUUGUAUAUGCCUGCUACGUGAGCAAAGUCUUCCAGGAUGACGAGGACAGCUUUGAUUUCAUUGGUGGCUUUGACUCUUACGGCUACCAGCCUCCUCAGAAGUCUUCUCAUCUGCAACUGCAGCCUCUCUACACGGCUGGUUAACUGUUGGUAGCGCGCCCUUCAGGCCAAACCCUGACAGUGUCACUGUGGAUGGAACGCGGCAGUCGCCCUGAUUACACUCACUCUGUGUGUCACAGUUUACCCGAGGAAUGGACUUAACCCCACCCAGAGGGAGAUCGAAAUGUCUGUGUGUGCGCGUGUGUGUGUGCAUGUGUGUGUGUGUCUGAGUAUACAGCCCUGAAUAGAAUGUACAGAGCUCAGGGAAGAACCAGCAUGCCAGGUGGUACGAUACGAUCAACGAGAAGGAGGAGACAGGGGAGGGACAGGAGAAAUACAACAAACAAGAGCUGGGGACACCUCUGUCAAAUCACCGAAGACACACUUCACGAAACUGCCAGCUCUCAACACUCCCACAAGUGUGUAUG